CUGUAAUGGCCGCAGCCGGUGCCGCUGUCUGAGCCGUGUGGCGCUCGGUGGAAUAAAUGCGGGAUAAAAAGCGGAAAAAAGCAGAUUUCGUCUCUCUAAUGUGACAUUUUGUGACGUUGUCAUGGCGACGCUGGUGUUGGAUAACGGCGCGUACACUGCGAAGAUCGGAUACAGCCAGGAGAAAGUGAGCGUCAUCCCGAACUGCCAGUUCCGCUCCAAGACGUCCAGACUGAAAACCUUCACGGCCAACCAGCUGGACGAGAUCAAGGAUCCCUCCGGGCUCUUCUACAUCCUCCCGUUCCAGAAGGGCUACCUGGUCAACUGGGACGUCCAGAGGAAAGUGUGGGACCACCUGUUCGGGAAGGAGAUGUUCAAGGUGGACUUUGCGGACACGAGCAUCGUGGUCACCGAGCCGUACUUCAACUUCUCCUCCAUCCAGGAGUCCAUGACCGAGAUCCUGUUCGAGGAGUACCAGUUCCAGUCUGCUCUCCGGAUCAACGCCGGCUCCCUCAGCGCUCACCACUACUUCCACGCCAACCCCUCCGAGCUGUGCUGCCUGGUGGUGGACAGCGGCUUCUCCUUCACCCACAUCGCCCCCUACUGCCGGGGCAAGAAGCUGCACGAGGGCAUCCGCAGGAUCAACGUGGGAGGGAAGCUGCUGACCAACCACCUGAAGGAGAUCAUCUCGUACCGACAGCUGCACGUUAUGGACGAGACACACGUGAUCAACCAGGUGAAGGAGGACGUCUGCUACGUGUCCCAGCAGUUCUACAAGGACAUGGAGAUCGCUCAGCUGAAGGGGGAGGAGAACACGGUCAUGAGGGAUUACGUUCUUCCAGAUUUCAGCUCCAUUAAAAAAGGCUUCUGUAAGCCUCGAGAGGAGAUGCUGUUCAGCGGGAAGUACAAGACGGGCGAGCAGAUCCUGCGGCUCGCCAACGAGCGUUUCGCCGUGCCCGAGAUGCUCUUCCACCCGUCCGACAUCGGCAUCCAGGAGAUGGGGAUCCACGAGGCGGCAGUGGACGCCGUGCAGGCCCUGCCCGAAGACAUGCAGCCUCACUUCUACCGGAACGUGGUGCUGACCGGCGGGAACGCGCUGUUCCCCGGCUUCCGGGAACGUCUGGAGGCGGAGCUCCGGGCGCUCGUCCCCGCCCACCUGCCCGUGUCCGUCCUCCUGCCGUCCAAUCCUGUGUGUUACUCGUGGGAAGGAGGGAAGCUGCUGGCUCACAGCCCGGACUACGAGGAGAUGGUGGUGACUCGGGAUGACUACGAGGAGAACGGACACUGCAUCUGCGAGGACAAGUUUGACAUUUGAGCCCCGUCCGAUCAGAUUGUGCGCCCACACACACAAACACACACUCAAACACACUUCAUCUGGGAGUGGACCUUGAUCUCCCCCUUCAGGAUUUAUUAAACGUGUUUAUUUCAGUUCCAGAAGAUCAGAUUUCCUCUCUGAUUGCUCCAAAUCCUUCUGCCUGAUGUGAAAACACGAGGGAUGAAUGCGUUAGUUGGUUUUUGUCCGAUCAUCCUACUGAAGAGUUUUUGUCUAUUUUUCAUUAAGGUGUUUUUUUUCCUACUGAAUAUUCUUCCUACAGUAUCUUACUUUUUAAUAAAAACUAUUGAAAUGCUUUGGA